GCAGCGGGAAGGAACUCGGGGCCGCAACAGCGCGCGGCGGCGGCGGCAGAGGCUGGAGCAGGAGCCGCGGCCGAGCCUGGAAACGGAGGCGCUGCAGGCGGAGCAGGUGCAGCCGGGCCCGCGCGCCCCCCUCGGUCCCCUUGCCAGAGGCUGAGGGGGGGAGCCGGGGGGCCGCCCGGACUCCGCGGGCAGAGCGGGGAAGGGGGCCAUGCGGCCGGGCUUGCCCCGGGCGCAGCGGGACAGCGGCCAGGGCCGGGGGCGCAGCGGCGUCGCUUCAUGCAGCCGGGGCGGCUGGGCAGCGGCGGCGGCGGCGGCGGCGGGGGCGGCGGCUGAAACCAUGUCCGGGCAGCGCUGGGGGCCGCCGCCGCCGCGAGCCGGGAGCCGCGAUGGCCCCGUGGCCCGUACCUCCUCCGCCGCCGCCUCCGCCUCCACCUCUCGCCGUGCCGCCGCCGCCCGGCGCCUCGGCUAAGGGGCCGCCGGCGCGCAAGCUGCUGUUUAUGUGCACCUUGUCCCUGUCCGUCACCUACCUGUGCUACAACCUCCUGGGCGGCUCGGGGUCCCUGCAGUUCCCGCUGGCGCUGCAGGAGCCGCCGGGCGCCGCCGCCGAGCCCCCGCCGAGCCCGCCGCCGCCCUCUCUGCCGCCUCCCCCCGUGCGCCUCGGCGCCCCCUCGCAGCCGCCCGCGCCGCCGCCGGACAACGCGAGCCGCGUGGAGCUGACCGAGCCUCCCGAGCAGCCCGCCGCCCCCGGGGCCGACGGCUGGGGGCUGGCGAGCGGCGGCGGCGGCGCCCGGGACGCCUGGCUCCGGACCCCGCCGGACCCCAGCGAGAUGACCGCGGUGCGGAGCGCGCUGCUGGAGAGGGACGCGCAGGAGUCCAGCACCACCGACGAGGACCUCGCAGGCCGGAGGGCGGCCAACGCGAGCAGCGAGCGGGGCGGCGCCGCCAGCACCCCGGACUACGGGGAGAAGAAGCUGCCCCAGGCGCUGAUCAUCGGGGUCAAGAAAGGCGGAACCCGCGCGCUGCUGGAGGCGAUCCGCGUGCACCCGGACGUGCGGGCGGUGGGCGUAGAGCCGCACUUCUUCGACAGGAACUACGAGAAGGGCUUGGAGUGGUACAGGAAUGUGAUGCCUAAGACCGUGGACGGGCAGAUAACCAUGGAGAAGACUCCGAGUUACUUUGUGACAAAUGAGGCCCCCAAGCGCAUCCACUCCAUGGCCAAGGACAUCAAACUGAUCGUGGUGGUGAGAAACCCUGUGACCAGGGCCAUCUCUGACUACACCCAGACCCUGUCCAAGAAGCCCGAGAUCCCCACCUUCGAGGUAUUGGCCUUCAAAAACCGGACCCUGGGGCUGAUCGAUGCCUCCUGGAGUGCCAUUCGCAUAGGGCUGUACGCGCUGCACCUGGAGAACUGGCUGCAGUUCUUCCCCCUCUCCCAGAUCCUCUUCGUCAGCGGGGAGCGGCUCAUCGUGGACCCCGCCGGGGAAAUGGCCAAAGUACAGGAUUUUCUAGGCCUCACGCGUGUUGUGACUGAGAAGCAUUUCUAUUUCAAUAAGACCAAGGGGUUCCCUUGCCUCAAGAAGCCAGAAGACAGCGGCGCCCCCAGGUGCUUAGGCAAGAGCAAAGGUCGGACUCAUCCUCGUAUUGACCCGGAUGUGAUCCAUAGACUGCGGAAAUUCUACAAGCCCUUCAACGUGAUGUUUUAUCAAAUGACUGGUCAAGAUUUCCAGUGGGAGCAGGAAGAGGUUGACAAAUAAGGCUAGAGAUGUGAGGGAAGGCUAGGGAGCAGCUGAGGAGACCCCUUACCUGAGUCCCGAAUCCCCAGGGUCGCAGCCUCAGCCUUGCUGGAGUGUCACCUAGGUCUCCCCCAUCUUCCAGCUGGGAUUGCUUCCCUACAGAGCAGCCAGGCCUGCCUGGGCAGCAGCAUCUGGUUGACCAGAUGGCCACCAGGAUCUACUGCUAGUUCUUGUCUCCUACGGGUGAAUAGAGUCUGAAGACAGGAUUGACUAGCUGUCUAGGUCAGAGACAGUGCCAUGAAUAUUUAUUUAAGUGAAACAAAGAAAGGCAGGUCUAUUUUGGGGGCUCUCACUUUGCUUUGGGAAGCCUGAGUUCUAGCCCUGUGUCUGGCCCAGGCCUUGCUGUAUGAACCCUGCUCUGGCAUCUCUCUGAAAUGCUGAUUGUGGCUGAGUGCUCCAGGACUCCUAGGGGAGGGGCCUCAGCCAAGGUGUCUCUGGCCUUCCUGAAAGAUCUCAUUCCACAACCUGUGACUUCCUCCCUCCACACCUUAUAAAGGGAGGGGCAUGCACAUUCCUCACCCCAAAAUGCUGAGUCCCCUGGAAACCUUCCUUCUAAGAGACCUCCAAGGCGGGCUGGGUCUCUCUCUUCAUGAGCACCCAGGAUGCUGGAGCCCAGCUCCUGUCCUCAUGUUAGAUUCAGCCCCUGGACUGCUCUUCUAGCAGCGAAGCUCAGAGUCCUGAGCUUGGUAGAGGUGAAUGCCAUCUCUGGGAGAGAAAAAGACAGCCAGUCCUCUGGGGGGAGGUCUCCACACUUACAGACCCUCUCCCAAGCACCCUGGUUCUGAAACAUGCUUUUGGGGUGGGCUCUGUCCCUCAGGGUCCCCAGAAGGGCAAGGACCAGAAAGUUGGCAUGUCUUAUGUUCUGAAUAACCCUUAGCCACACAGUGAACAGGGUACCAGUCACCAUCGCCUAUUUGCCCCACCAUCUGCACUCAUGGUCAUCUCCUGCUUCAUUUGCUCUGUUCACAGACAGCACAUUUUGGGGAGUGACUCCACUUGCCACAUCGGUUUAUGGGGUGGGGGGAGCAAGGGCUGUCUGGGACACCCCCCUUCGAGGGCUACUGAUUAAAGUAUCCCUUCCCAUUAGUCGUGUUUGAUUAAAACGCAGCAUUCGAAAUAAAGCCCUGUUCACAGGUCUCCCAGUCCAGGAACUGUUCUAGUAAAAUUGGAAAUGUGUGCGUGGGGGAGAUAACUCUGUUCAGCUGUUACUAAACUGUCAUUUCUCCGGCUAAAUGAAAACUGUGUUGUUAUAAAGC